AUGCAACCAUCUUCUAAAUGUCGAGGCCUCGGAGGCCGAGUGGUCUAUGUAGUUACUACUGUAAUCACUAGCCAGUCAACACUGAGAUUCAAUAAGAGUAACAAACUUAUUGAAAUUAAUGAUAGUAAUAUGAUAGUUUGUUAUCCAACAUCCUCAAAAUCCAGGCAGGGUAACUAUGAUUCAGUAUUGGACGGUGACAGUCCUGUCGAGACAUCAAAGAGUAACGGAUGUGAUCAUGAUGAGAUUGAAAUUGAGAUUAAUAAAGAAAGCAUGUUUAAUCAAAAGAAAGGAGACGAAAACAUCAAUACACUAUCAAUACAAAUGGAAGGUUAUGUGUAUGCUUCGGUAGGCAGUCCAAAAAAUAAACAAACAGCAGAAAACAAAAAAUCUGCUAAUCAACAGGAAGACGACUUGUAUGAUGAGUCAAAGGAAGGGAUUUAUGAUACAUCUGGAAAUAGGCGUCACAAAGAAAUCCAUACGGCUGGAAAUUAUUAUUCAACUGAUCACCUCAAAAAAGAAGAUAGCAAAUCGGGAUUAGAUAUGGAUCUUAUUGAUCCGCAGAAAGCAGGAGGAAGAAAACCAUCUACUAAUGUAACAAACAAUACUCUUGGAAAUGCUGGAUAUGAAGAUGUUGAUUUGGAUAAUACCGGUAUGAAGUUCAAACCACAGAAUAACGAGGAAACAAUUGAUAAGGUUAAUCAGCAAAAUGAUGAACACUUCAAGAAACAGAAGGAAGACACGGAUAAAGGAGAGGAUAAUUCGACUACACCAUUUGAAAGUGCUGUAUAUUCUUUGGUUAGCAAACUUAAAAAUAAACAAACUACAGAAAACAAAAGUCCUGAUGAUCAACAGGAAGACAACUUGUAUGAAGAAUCAAAGAAAGGGAUUGAUGAAACAUCUGGAGACAAGGAAAACCACGCUGCCGAUCAUGAUACAACUGAUACAUCUGAGCAUAUUGAAAAACAGCAAACCAUUGGUGAUCUUGAAUCUUCAAUCAAAUCUAAUCAGACAGGAUCGUACAUCAAUCCAGUACUUGAAUUAGAAGAAGUAGGCCCCUGCUCUCCUCCACUUCGAUCUUUUGGUGGAAUUCAUGAUGGUAGACAAAUAAAUCGAAACAGUGAACAACAGUGA